GUCCCGGAAGCGAGCCGGAGAUGUCGCUGCUCUUUGGCCUAGUCGCAGCGAGAGCCAAGCUGGGCAGUUCCCAUUUCGUGAGGAUUACUUCAGGAAAAACCUGCCGCCUGGGCCGAGGUCUGCUAAUCCUGUCGAUUUGUUAAUAUGAUUAUUUUAAAGAAGAUGAAUGAAGCUAAAUUUGUGUUCCAGAACAUUCCACCAGUGACUUUACAUUUGUCAGAAGAGACUACAACAUCAAGUUUAUGCAUUAGCAAUAUGGAGGACAUUGAGCAUCAUUUUAAAAACUUUGUGGAGAUAUUCCUUGUCGAAGUUUACAGAUGUAAAAUCUGUGCAUUCACCUGCAGCCUGAAGAUUAAAAUGAACUCCCACAUUGAAGACCUUCACAAACCCAAGGCCAAUGAUCAACCUUCUAAGAAGUUGACUGGCACAUGUCACACAGAGCAUGACUCCUCGUACAGCACCGAUGUAGACAUGGACACUGAAAGCAAGGCUGAGGACAUUAUUGUGGACAACCUAGAGAGGAUGUCAUUUCUUCUUCCUAUGUACAGGAUGCUUCACAACAUUAGCCCAGUGUCCUGUGAAAUGGGACUUGGAGGGCACAAUGAUAAUCUUCAUGCUGCUGAUGCAUGUGAGGUCAGCACACUGUUUGAAGUGGAGUCUACACCUUUUCAAUUAGAUGGACCCCAUUCUGUGGCAUCAGGGCCUCAGCCAUCUCCAGUUGGGACAGCUGUGCCUGAAGAUGAUGAGGAAGCUCAGUCAGAGCACCUUAUGUCACUAGGCCUCUGUCGGAUAUCCAAUAAUAAUAAAACGCAUACAGUGAACUUGGAAGCCAACGAUGAUCACGUAAUUCUUAAGAAGCAAAGGCAGCUCAGUAAGAAAAAGCGGAGUGAAAACCAAUGUUCCGACAAUGCUGAAAACUCUCAAACUGGCUCAAAAAAUGAACGCUAUAUAUGCAAGAUGUGCAAACUGGACUUGAAGUCAAAAGACAUUUAUCACCUUCAUUUGAACUGUCAUGAUAGGGAUACAGGUUUUAAAUGCAUGUACUGCAGCUCCUGCAUGACGGAGUGGAAUCUGAUGGAACAGCACCUCAAGGGCCACAAUACCAAAAGGUCGACCUACAGUUGCUCAUUCUGCAAGAAAGUUUUCACAAAGCAGAAAGCUUGGAAACUGCAUGAAGUCACCCACCAACAGAAGCCAGAUCUCUUUUACUGCUCAAAGUGCCCAUCUUUCUAUUCUUCUGAGAACGUGAGAGAUUUACAUUCUGCCUGCCAUUAUGAGAAUGCUUUUAAGUGUACAGAGUGUGAUUUUACCGAUGAAACUUGGACCAAGGUUUAUAAACAUCUGUGCAACCAUGACAGCAGUAUUAAGCCACACGGGUGCACUGAUUGUGACAAAAGAUUCUUCAGAAUGGUGAUGUGCUUUUUUUUGCAGCAUGAGAUGGAAUUAUUUUCUGCUUUUGUCAGAGUUGAACUGAAGGAACACAUGGCAAAGCAUAACGAGGCAAGACCAUUUCUCUGCCAGUUUUGUGGACGGACAUUCAAGUACAGACGGCAAGUGAAUAAACACCGCAGACAAGUCCACCAGAAGACAAAGGAAAAGAGAGAAAAUGAAAAUGAUGUAACAAGUAAAAGGCAUGAGGAGAAGGAGCCUCAGACUAAGACAAAGAAGUCAAACAAGGAAUUUGUCUGCAGUAUUUGUACCAGGAAAUGCUCCUCCAAGUUGGCACUCCAGAGACACAUGGGAACACACACUGGUAUAAAGCCAUUUCAUUGUCAGCACUGUGAUUAUAAAACCAGACUAAAGGCAUCACUAAUUCAACACAUGAGAAUUCAUACAGGUGAGAAGCCCUUCAAAUGUACAAUCUGCCAAUAUGCCUCCAUUGAUGCCAGCUCCCUAAGGCGGCAUUCCCGCACACAUUCUACUGAGAAGCCUUACAAAUGCCAGCUGUGCUCCUAUAGUUGCAUUCAAAAGAAGAGCUUGGACCUUCAUGUGCGCAGGCAUCACACGGGUGAGACAUUUGGGUGUCACUUGUGCAUCUAUUCCUCUCCUGACAAGCAGCUUUUGCAAAAACAUCUGAAGAAACACCAGAAGGAGAUGGAAGAAUCCUUAAGGAGCAUUCAAACGACUUCUGGAGUGGAGCCAUUUACAACAUAACAUUUUGAGGGAGCCCCCGACAUCCUGCAAACUGGCAAUUCAUAAGAAACUGUGAGAUCACACAUCUGCAAGCUAGAGAUUUUGUUUUAUUAGGUCAGCUGGGCCAGCUGCUAUUAUCUCUGUACUGAAGGAGCUGGCAACGAUGGCUUGGACUACAUUCCAAGAUUGUUAGCAUUCUGAAAGGAGCUUUGGUAUGUCGAAGUUAGAAUGUGCCAGUGAACUGUGAGAAAGCUAACUGUACAAUCCCUUAUGCUUAUAGAAAAUAGUGUCUCUGUUUCCCAGCCAUUUAAAUCUUUCAAAACCGAGUAGCUCGACCCCAGUGUUACACCCCCACCUAUUUAUUUUUCAAGGGAGCGUUAAAGUGGUGGGAUUAAUUUAAUAUGGACUGUGUUUGCAGUACGGCUGACCAAAGAAAUUAAAAAAUACUUACAAACCA